AUGACAUCCUCUUUACCCUUCAUACUCCUCUUUAACCCCAUCAAACACGCCAAGCCUUUCUACAAUGGUCUGCAAGAGGUUGCGCGUACAGAGGUGGUCACGAGCAGAUCAAGACAUGAAUUUUUUAAUGACGUCAAAGAUAAAUAUCGGGAUGUGUCCGUUAUUUACAGAACAUCAGCCAGUGGUGCCGUCGCCGGCAACUUUGACCAAGAAUUCAUCAACAAUCUGCCGGAGAGCUGCAAAUAUAUCUGUCAUAACGGGGCGGGCUACGACCAGAUCGACCACCGAGCAUGUGCGCAGAGGGGAAUUAUUCUCACCUACGCCCCUGACCCAGUGACGGAGGCCACAGCGGAUCUGGCCAUCUGGCUACUCUUGGGUGCGCUCCGGCAACUCAACCCGUCCCUGAGAUCUUUGAGAGCUGGCAACUUUAAGAAAGGUGUGGACUUCGGUCACGAUCCGCAGGGCAAGGUGCUGGGGAUCAUCGGUAUGGGGCGCAUUGGACGAGCCAUCAAGAAGCGGAGCGACCCGUUUGGGCUGAUCACCUGCUAUCACAACCGACGGCCUUUGUCGGGAGAUGAGUCCGCCGGCGCGGAGUAUGUGUCCUUCGAGAAGCUGCUGGCAGAGAGCGAUAUUAUCAGCGUCAAUGUACCGCUAAAUGCCACUACCAAGCGCUUAAUCGGAGCCGAUGAGAUAGCUAAGAUGAAGGACGGCGUCGUUAUUGUCAACACGGCUAGGGGCGCCAUCAUCGACGAGGCGGCCCUGGCCGAUGCUCUCGAGAGUGGUAAAGUCGCCGCCGCUGGACUUGAUGUUUAUGAGCGCGAGCCUGCCAUUAACGAGAAGCUCUUGAGACAGGAAAAGGCACUUAUGGUCCCACACCUGGGGACACAUACGACUGAGACAUUGGCCAAGAUGGAAACAUGGGCAAUGGAAAACGCCAAGAGAGCUGUUCUUGGUAUGCCGUUACUGUCCCCUGUGCCUGAACAUCUUGAUCUAGAAGCACGGCGGAUCCAAAGCAUGUUUUAA